GAGAGCGAGAAAUAUUUUAUGGUUUUUCUGAUUUAUGCAUUAUUAAAAAGUGAACUGUAUAUCUUUAUUGGCCCGCUGAGUACACCAUCACUUUCUGCACCAUUCUGUACAAUGUGAGUCAGAUCCCGCUCAAGCCACCCACCCACAGGGUUCAAAGGCCGACCAGUGUCCAGAUAUAUAUCUGGGAACAAAUUUCUACAUCUUGGUCUUCCAACUGGCUUGGUCCCGGAACAUGCCUCUUCUUGUCCUCUAUAAUCCCGUCAGCGGAAACAGUUCUGGCAAACAGAUCGUCGAAGAACACAUCCUUCCGCUCCUCUCAAAACAUGGAAAAGUCACAGAUAGGGUCGUGAGCACGGAGCGUCCGGGACACGCCGGCUCACUUGUUGUCAAUUUCAUCGAUCAGUUUCCAGCUAAGGACAGAGUCGUAAUCGACAUCGUCCUUGUAUCGGGUGAUGGAACGCUACACGAGAUUGUAAAUCUUCUGGAUGAGGAGUGUGCGCGGCGAGGCGACUCGAAGCCGUUUCCACGAUUUCGUAUCGCUCUUAUCCCAGGCGGGACCGCGAAUGCACUGCACUCCUCCUUCUUCCCUCAAUCCACGGGCACAGAGACCUCUUCUCACCAAUUUGCAUCACUUGACGCUUUCCUUGGACCUACGCCAUCGGCGAAAACGCUCACGCUCUCGCACACCGUCAUCACGCCUCCGCAUGCUUCCUCUCAGGACAGCGAGACAAGGGCGCAUACUUCUGUUGUGUCCGUUGUGGUCACUUCGACAUCCCUCCAUGCAUCUAUAUUGCACGAUUCGGAGGCUCUUAGGAAAGGCAUGCCAGGAAUCGAAAGGUUCAAGGUGGCCGCGCAGCAGAACGCAACCCGAUGGUAUCACUCGCGUGUGCGCCUCCUUCCGUUCCCGCCCUCGUCGAGUGUGCAACGUUACGAUCCUGUGACAGACGCAUUCGUCCCAGUAUCGGAAGCGGAGACAGAGCUCGAUGGACCGUUUGCGUACUUCUUGAGCACCAUAAAUGUCGAUCGUCUUGAACCUGCGUUUCGCAUUUCCCCUCUCGCACGAUCGCAUCCUUCGGCAUCUACAAACCAUGAAGAUGGUGCAAUCGAUGUAGUUGUCGUCCGCCCAAAGAGAGAUCCUUCUGUAAAGGACGAGACGGAGGAAACAAGAACGCGGUUUACGGGGAAGGCGUGGCAGGUGCUUGGUAGUGCGUAUGCAGAUGGCGCGCACGUGAAACUGAGGUAUGGAGCAGAAGGAGAAGUCGGCGAGGGAGGUAUUGGAUUGCCUGUCGUGGAGUAUUUCCGAGUCGGCGGAUGGGAAUGGAUUCCAGAUAAAGCGGACGAAGAAGCGCGUCUUCUAUGUGCGGACGGGACGAUCUUCACGAUCCCGCCUGGCGGGAAAGCCCUGUCAAUGAUCUUGUCGCAGACCUCACACAAGUUAGACCUCGCUGUAUACAUAUGAUACUUUGAGGCCGAUUUCAAUGCCUGGCGAUGUAUAUCUGAACCGGAUGAAUCAUAUAUGUCACAUUCUCCACCAGCG